CCGCAAUCCCGCAAUGCGAUCAUAGCCGCUGACACGAAAGCACAGGCGAAAGCUAAGCCUAAAAAGCUAAACAUAAACACGCGGGAUACAGAUAUCUGUAUGUGUAACAUACGCGGACGCGACGCGAAACGCGGAAAGUGAAAAAAUCAAUCAAAAAAACUUCAAAACUUCAAUUUUGUAAAAAUGUGAAUUUUACUACUAACGUUUAUAAUAUUUAUACAGUGUGUGUUUAUAAUCAUAUUUAAUAACGACUUAUACCAAUUUUAAUAUGAAUUUUAUACAUUGUGACAGUUUUUAAACAUUUUUGUGCAUAAAACACACAUUUGGAGUAAUUUUCAACGAAAAUAUGUAGAACUUAUGUGGAAAUAAUGUGAUCAUGUGCUAAUCUAUGUGCAGACAAUGACAAUCACCCACACGAUGCGUUUAUCAUGCAUCUUCAGAUUAAUUUUGAUAGCGUUCGUGUUGAUCGCAUCGCCGACGCAUUCAGGGAUCACGCCAAAUAGAUACAAAAAGUCUGAUUACAUCAAAGCGAAAGCCACCAACAGUAGUUACCCACUCAGUGUUCAACGAUUGUACAGGGAGAAACUGGUCGCGAAGCCGAAGACGUUCGGCGUGUGGUCCGCAUGGAGCGCAUGGACAGAAUGUUCACGAACAUGCGGCGGUGGCGUCACCCACCAGCAGCGCCAUUGCAUCUCGAAACCAUCCUUAGCCCAGCAGAGAAUUCAGCAAAAUAAAGAGAAAUUUUUCAAAAAACACAAACGAAGAAGGAGGCAACACGCACCGAAUGAGAUCACCAAUCGAUGUAUUGGAUUGUAUAAACGAGUUAGACUCUGCAAUAUUCAAGACUGUGCGAAUGGCUUGGAUUUUCGUUUUGAACAAUGCGCAGAGUUUAAUUCAAGAUUUUACAAAGGAAAACAGUAUUAUUGGGAGCCAUAUCUCAAAGGAAUCGAUGAAUGCGCCUUGAAUUGUCUAGCAAUCGGGGGUGGAUUCUACGCAACACUGAACAAAACCGUCGCUGACGGCACAACCUGUCUGAAACCAACGACUUUUACCGGAAAACUAGCACCGACAGGCACUAGAGGUGUGUGCAUCGACGGAUUAUGCAAGAGUGUCGGCUCAAAUGGCGUCAUCGGUGCUAUUGAGGAAGCCCCCGAGGAGUGUCCCGCCUGCGUGACGAGCAACUGCCGCAGUAUUUCCGGUCUGUACACGCGACCUGACCUACCGCCUGGGUAUUCACUCGUCGCGCAGAUCCCCAAGGGCGCUUGUCGUAUCCUCGUCCAACAAUUGAAGCACACACGCAAUAUUCUAGCUUUGAGAUCUUCGAAUGGUUCUUACAUCCUGAAUGGCGAUUGGAAGUUUAGUAACUCAAGACUUGUUCAUGGGGCGGGUGUUACCUUCACUUACCGUAAACAGGAUGCUUCUUCAUUGGAAACUAUCACUACAGGUGGUCCAAUUGAUUCCGCUGUUGAUAUUUUGGUGUGGUACCAACAACCUAAUCCUGGUAUCAAAUAUGGGUUCCUACCGGCUGAAGAACCUAUCCAAUCACAUCCAGCGAUUGGUAAUGGGCAAGUUGCACAUUUGGAAGGAAAUAUCAUGGAUACCAAUGCUGUAAGUUUGCGGGAUGAGGCCCAACCUACUUCUGCAUCUCCACAUCCUCAUCGGAGACUACGAAAUCGCCGGAAGUACGUUUGGAAGAGUACUGGUGUCACAGCAUGUUCAAAAUCUUGUGGAGGAGGUUACCAGCAAUCAGUAUUCCAAUGCACGAGGGAACUCCACCACACACCGGUUUCUGAACGUAGGUGUGCCCAUUUAGAGAAACCCACGCAUUAUAUCCAUUGUAACCAACAUGAGUGUCCUCUUCAAUGGGGUGGACAUUGGGGACAAUGUACUGGGUCUUGCGGACAGGGUGUUCAACACUAUCUGGUGCAAUGUAUCAAGGAAACCAAUGGUCUCACAAGCGUAGAAAGUGAUUCGUUGUGCGCUCCACCAAAACCCACCGCAUCAAGUCGUCCUUGUAGUCUACCCGCGUGUGACGAGAGUGACAAUGAGUUACAUCCUGAUGAACGGAUGCAUAAGAGCUUCAGUGAUUGGAUUGUAGGUUCCUGGAGUGCAUGUUCAGUUUCCUGUGGAACUGGCACACGUACUCGCAGUGUAACCUGUCCCGGUGGUAACUGCCACCAUGGUAAACGCCCCGCUCACGCGGAAUACUGCGAAAGUGGUUCUUGUUCCACUCCGGGUCACCACAACGCUUGGUUAUUGAGUGAGUGGAGUCAAUGCAGUGAAAACUGUGGUACCGGCACCCAAAAUCGACAUUCAGUCUGUAAUGGCCGUUCUGGUAGUGAUUGCGCUAUGGAAACCAAACCGGAAACAAGCAGGCAAUGCUCCAGUGAAAAGGAAUGUGGUGGACAAUGGUUUACUGGUCCAUGGAACACUUGUUCAGAUUCCUGCAAUGGUCAAAGCAAACAAAAACGCGAUGUCCACUGUGUAAUUCGUCUAAGGGGACAACCAAGACUCACGAAUGACAUGACCUGUUCAAGUGCAUCCAAACCGGAAACAGAACGUCCUUGUGACGGUGCAUGCCCCCCAAGAUGGUUUUCAGGUGAAUGGAGUGAAUGUCACGAUUGUCCCAAUGGUAACCAACGCAGGGAAGUGAAAUGUAUGAGUGUCCAUGGUCAAUAUAGCAAUCUCUGCGACAUGGAAGCCAAACCCUUGGUGAAAAGGUCCUGCGCUUGUCCCAAAAUCCACGAAGACAGAAUCAAACCAGCUAGUAGUCAGCAGGAUCAACCAAUGACACGUGGAUGUGUUGAUCUGAUACAACAUUGUUACCAAGCAGUACAAGCACGCCUGUGCAAGUACCCUUACUACACAUCUCACUGCUGUCAUUCCUGUCAGCGGGCCGGCCAACAGGACGCUUUGGAAUAAAGAAAACCCUCCACCAUCCCUCUUUUCCCCACACCAUGUUUAUUUUGAGCGAGAGACUGUGAUCUGUUUAGAAUCUAACCGUAAUAACCACGCCCACCCAAACAAAUAACUUAAAUUCAAAGGUUAGUAAAAUUAACGUCACCCAGUAAUCACUAGAGCUAGCGCAUAACUUAUAUAUGUAAUAAUACUUAAACUCUUAGCGAUAAUCUUGGAAAUUCUUUGCGUGUGUUCGAAACAAAGUAUCAAAUACUCUGCCACUCUUAAUCUAGUUGUUUCAAGAUGGCCGCGGUGCGAAUGAGUGUGAGAAGAUGGCGUGUAUCUGUGUAAAUGUGCCGAUUUUGCCGAAAUUUCCGAAAUUCGAGUUUUGUUGUGAACGAAAAACAUGACGAUUUAUUUAUUUAGACGCGUAAUUUGUACUGAUUGGCAUUUUGUAUAGUAUUUAUGAACGAUUUUGAAGCGAAUGACAUGAGUUUGUGACAAUGAAAAUUACACUGAAACCAAAAGAGAUACUCACUCACGUCGAUUCGUCGCGUCUGCGCACUUUAUUUUAACCUUUAAGUUCUUUUUCUAAAUUGAGUAUUAUAUGUUAAGUCUGUAUACCUCUAUUUAUUUAGAUUCGAUAAGAGAUAUGAAUAUGAAUAAAUCACUACCAACGA